AUGUUCAGGCUGGGCAUCAGGAGGAAUUUUUCCACAGGAAAGGUGAUCAGGCACUGGAAUGGGCUGCCCGCGGAGGUGGUGGAGUCACCAUCUCCGGAGGUGUUUAAGGACAGACUGGAUGUGGCAGUCAGUCUCACAGAACAGACUCGGCGAUCUCUAAGGUCUUUUCCAACCAAACCGAACCCAGUGGAACCCAGCGCCGUGCCCGCCCCGCCGGGGAUGGGCAAAGGGGCGGCCCCACCGCCCCCGCCCCUCACGGAUGUUCCUGUUCUCCAAACCAACAAUGGCCCUGGGCUGACAGGGCUGAUGACCAUUGCUGCCCACCUGGUGAGGCAGGCUAGGAAAGACCAACUGCUGGGAAGCACUGCCGAGGAGAAGGCUGUGGUGCAGCAGUGGCUGGAAUACAGAGUGACCCGGGUAAAUGGAGGCUCCAGUAAGGAAGAUACUAGAACAGUUCUGAAGGAUCUUAACAUGCACCUUGAAGAUAAAGUCUACCUUGCAGGAAACAUUUUUACCUUAGCAGACAUUUUGAUGUACUAUGGAUUGCAUCAUAUCAUGGUGGACCUCACAGUGCAAGAAAAGGAGAAAUACCUUAAUGUGUCUCGUUGGUUCAACCACAUUCAGCAUUACCCUGGUGUCCGACAGCAUCUGUCCAAUGUCGUCUUUAUCAAGAACAGGUUAUACACUAAUGCUCAUUAAGGCAAAUCUUGAUGUCGUGUUGGAAUGAGAUGUGAGAGUUUAGAAGUUGUACUGUCCAAAGCCACUAACCUGCAAAUACUAUUUUGUAACCUUCUGUAUGUGAACCGAAACUGUCAAUGCCACAGACAAUACAACUGCAUUGAAUUGCUGUUGUUCAUUCAAGAAUUAGAACUAAAGAAUUGUUAUUGUGUAUCUGAUUAAAUGCAAAAAUAGUGGAAA